AUGUUAUUUAAUUUAUUUGUCAGAUCAGAAAAAGUUCGUAAAAUAAUUUUUCACAGUCAUAAGGAUGAUUUUGCUAUUGAUAUUGAUAUUCUAAAAGAACAUUCCAAGAAAAUUAAACAGUUAGAAAAAGAUGGUAAAGUACCAAAAAUAUUAGAUUUUACCAAUUACGAUGUGACAGCACUGUCAACAUUAGUUAAUUAUAUGACAACUGAUGGUAAUACUAAAGCUCGAAUUACAAAUUCAAUUCUUGGUGAUAUGACAGAAAUUGCAUAUCUUUUAGAAAUGGAAUCUUUAUUAGAAAAAAUUGAUAAAUUUAUUUUAAUUUCAAUUACACAAAAUGAACAAUUCCUGGUGCAUACAUUAGCAAUGAUUAGUAUGCAAUUAUUAUUGGAUACAACAUUAGGACGAAAAGUUAUUGAUAUUGCUGUUAGCAAAUUUCAAAUUAUUCGAAAGAUGUCAUCAUUUAAUGAUGUCCCACUUGAUGCUAUGCUUCGUAUUUUGGAUCGAUGUGAUUUAAAUAUAAGCAGUGAAUUUGAUGUAGUAGAAACAGCUAUUUCAUGGUUAGCUGCUAAACCGGAACGUAUUCACUUUUCUUAUUUAAUCUUACGUUGCAUACGUGUUGUUAAUUUGACGUCUAAUCAACGUUCUGAUCUUUUUACGCUUGCAAAAACUGUGCCUAAUUAUGCACAAAUAAUGUCAGCAUUUGCUCAUUACACGUUUAAUAAUACAAAUGCUUAUCGUGUAUGUGUAUUAGCUGAACAUAAUUCAUACAAACGUUGUGGUAAUAAAAUUGAUUAUCAACAAUUUGUUAUUAAUGUACCAAGUCGAAAGAUUGUGUAUCGAAGAAAAGCACCACCAAUUAAAGCAUCUUAUAUUACAGCUAAACCAAGUAAUUAA